CUGCGUCUGUGAUCGCUUCUCUCCAGGAAGUAAAAUUAACAGGACAGUUUGACUCUGCUCAAACGAAGGGAGGAACGAUGUCUGGGAGUUUUUAUUUUGUCAUGGUUGGUCAUCAGGACAAUCCAGUGUUUGAGAUGGAGUUCUUGCCAGCUGGGAAGCCUGAAUCAAAGGAUGACCAUCGUCACUUGAACCAGUUCAUUGCACACGCUGCCCUGGAUUUGGUGGAUGAAAACAUGUGGCUGUCCAACAAUAUGUACUUGAAAACGGUGGACAAGUUCAACGAGUGGUUUGUAUCUGCCUUCGUCACUGCAGGACAUAUAAGAUUCAUCAUGCUGCAUGAUAUGCGACAGGAAGAUGGAAUCAAAAACUUUUUUAACGAUGUGUAUGAUUUAUACAUUAAGUUUGCGAUGAAUCCAUUCUAUGAAAUCAAUGCACCCAUCCGCUCAACAGCUUUUGAGAGGAAAGUGCAGUUUCUUGGAAAGAAACAUCUCCUGAGUUAAUCACUUCACAUGCACAAGGAUUGAAAGCAUGUGCCCGUCUAUUCAUUGUGUAUAUACCUAACAGAUAUUUUAUGUCAUAUCUUUCUUUUCCUGUUUUACCAAUGUAAAAUGUAUUCAACACAAUUUUCUAUAAAACAUUUCCUAAGGUAA